AUGUACUAUCUAACCACGAGAAUGAAACGUGGGUUGGGGGUCGUCUUGGUCGCCCUAGCCAUCCUUCUGAUGGUUUACCUUCGUUAUGCCGAGACUUCAGGGAUCGUGAUGAUUGGUGUUGAUAGCGGCUCCUCCGCCGCCCAGAGCACUGACUACCUGACCUCUGCCCAGAAUGUCAUCUUCCCACGUAGUUUCCCCGUGCGGGACUUGGAGAAGUUCUAUAGUGAAAACUUCAAGGACUUGACCAAAUUGGAGUCACCUCCAGCGGUUUUCAAGCCGGUUUCCGCCAGCUCGUACCAGAACAACUUGGCACCUUUGACGGAGGAAAUCAUCAAUGAAACUUACAAAGACCAUGCCAUCGAGAUGUAUGACGGGGUCAAGAACUUGCGAGGAGAACUCGAGUACUGUUCUGCCAACUUGAUGCAAACCCUCACGUUGGAAAUCACCCGGGACUUUGCCUUAGCACCCAACAUGGACGAGGUGAUUGCCACCCUCAUCAAACAGAUCGAGGAUGAACCCCCCAUGAAAGAGUUGAGCUCUUUUUUCAAAAACGGAGAGUUGGAGAAAAACGUCAAGGAUAAGAAGAGUGGGAAGUAUUGGUUGAAGUUUGCCGGAACCUCGGUCUGGUUGGAGGAGUAUCGGGUUCAUUUCAUGUUGCUGCGGAUGUUGUAUCUCCCCAAUGGGGAGAAGAGAGGACAAGUAUUGAGUUUGACCUAUGCCCAAUUGUUCAAUGAAAAUUGGGAUGAAUUGAAGGAGACUGAAUUGAUUGUACCCACCAACAAUUUUGCCGGCACGCAUAAUGAAUUUGACAAGGAGGAGGCGUCCAAACAACGGUAUAGAACCUUAAAAUUCCCAUCAUUUUUGCCCAUCCCCACGUAUCAUAACGCCAAGUUUGUCAAGGGCAAUUGGUAUGGACCUGAAGACCCAAGAAUCAUCUUGAUCCGUAAUGAUGCCGGGUACGAGGAACCACUCAUUAUCUUCAACCAAUACCACAGAAAGAUCUACAAGGCGGAGAAUGACCGUGAGGAUGAAGCCAAGGUCAAGUUCAAGUACUACCGGUCCAUUUUCAUGACAUGGCCAUACCAACUCCAACGUGGUAAGGAGAACAUUGAUGGGAUGAAGAAUGACGAGUAUGACAACAAGUAUUAUUUGAGGACUGCCGAGUUGAAACGAACCAAGACUGAACGGUUGGAAGUACAGAAGAAUUGGACUCCCUUCAUCGAUCCACAAGCCCGGAAAAAUGACGGUAAAGGUGGAGAUCGGGUCAUUUAUUUCAUCUACCGUUGGAGAAACUUGGAGAUCUUGAAAUGUGACUUGACUGGGUUUUCUGGAGACGUGGCCAAUUGUGAGUUUGAAUACAAGCGGGACAAGAACUUGGGUAGUAAUGAACCCGUGGGGGCAUUAAGAGGAGGUACCCAAAUGUUGAACAUUCGAGAUGUGAUCAUGAAUGGAGUGGCUGGGAAGAACCCCAAACUUGCGCAACCAAUCUUGGAUAGAAUCCCUCAGGAGAAGGAUAUCUGGGUCGGGUUUGCCCGGGCCCAUAUCAGUCAUUGUGGAUGUGGUUCUGCCAUGUAUAGACCCAACUUGGCAGUUCUCACUCGAGAGAAUGGCGAGUACAAGGUGUCACAAUUGUCGUCAUACAUGUCGUUGGACGUCGACGUUCCCGGGUGGACGAACCCGGAGUUCAAGUGUCAAGGCCGGGACGCCAACGUAUUGAUCCCCAAUGGGAUUGCCUUCUGGUCUAUUGCCCAUGUGGAAGGUAGGGGCACAGCCAUGAAGGUGAACGAUUACUUGACACUCUCCGUUUCCGUUGCCGAUGAAACGGUUCAGAUCAUCCACAUCCGGAACUUGUUGGAUGAGCUUCUCUCACACACCACGAUCACCGAUAAGGUGCAACCUUUGACCCCGAUGUUGAGUGAAUUCGAGGAGAAUGGUAUUGGGUUCAAUGACGAUGUGGUGGAUUGUGCCAUGAAACUGUCGGAGAAGUUCUGUGAGGUGUAUGGGAAGGCUGUUGAAGAAGCGGAGAAGCCCUUGAAGGAAUUGAGAGAGAAGGAAAAGAAGGAAAAGGAAGAAAAGGAGAGAAAGGAAAGAGAGAAGAAGGAGAAAGAAGAGAAGGAGAAGAAGGAGAAAGAAGAGAAAGAGAAGAAGGAAAGGAGGAGAAGGAGAAGGCAAGUUAGAGAAUGA